AUGCAUCCGACGAGGGCUGUCACGGCGGGCCUCGCGGUGUUUGGGGCCGACGGACUGCUCUCCCCCCCCGGGCUCUGCAGCCUGUUGGUGGGGUUGGUGCUCCUUUUUGUCUGGAAGGGUUCCUGGAGGUUCCUGCAUGUCGCUUUACGCACCAUCAAAAGAGACUUAAUGUGCCUGCUUGUCAUCCUUCGGGUGAGGUUUUCCAUGAGCCGCAAUCUGAGAAACAGAAGCACCAUCCCUUCCCUUUUUGCGCAGGUGGCGACGCUGCACCCAGACAAACCUGCCUUGAUCUAUGAGCCCACAGGACAGAUUUGGAGUUUCAGGGUGCUGCGUGAGCGGUGCCACGCUGUGGCCAACUGGGCGCUGGCACAGGGCUGGGCCGAGGGAGACGUGGUGGCCUUGUACAUGGAGAGCCGGCCUUUAGUGGUGGCUCUCUGGUUGGGUCUGGCCAUGAUCGGCGUGGAGGCUGCCUUCAUAAACCACAACCUCCGGCAGUAUUCUCUGCUGCACUGCGUCAGCGUGUCCGGCGCCCGGGCAGUUGUGUUCGGGGCAGAGAUGAGUGACGCGGUGUCAGAGGUGAGCGGCUCCCUAAAGCCCCGCGUGGUUUUGUUCUGCGCCGGCGAGUGGGACGCCGAGGAGAAGUCGUGCAGCCGCCAGGUCCAGAAGCUGGACGCCCUGCUGGAGCGCUCGCCCAAACACCCACCACGACGCACGCUCAGGAAGGACUUCAACGGCAGACUUUUCUACAUCUACACUUCUGGUACAACGGGCAUGCCGAAGGCAGCUGUGGUGGUGCACAGUCGGUAUUAUCGCAUCGCUGCCUUUGGUUUCCACUCCUUUGGUUUAUGUCACGAUGACGUCGUCUACGACUGUCUUCCCCUGUAUCAUUCCUCAGGUGCCAUCAUGGGUGUCGGCCAGUGUUUGCUCUUUGGUUUGACUGUAGUAGUCAGGAGGAAGUUCUCAGCCAGUCGCUUCUGGGAUGACUGUGUCAAACACAACUGCACCGUAAUUCAAUACAUAGGGGAGAUUUGCCGUUACCUGUUGGCCCAGCCGGCCCGUUCAUCCGAGGCGUGUCACCGGGUGCGUGUUGCCAUUGGCAACGGCCUCCGUCCUUCCGUCUGGCAAGACUUUGUCCAGAGAUUCAAAAUUCCACGAAUUGGGGAAUUUUAUGGCGCCACAGAGUGCAACUGCAGCCUGCUCAACAUAGACGGAAAGGUGGGGGCCUGCGGAUUCAACAGUCGCAUCCUGCCCGGCUUUUACCCCAUCAGACUGUUCAGGGUGAAGGAGAGCGGCGAGCUGCUCAGGGAUUCACAAAGCCUCUGUAUACCCUGUCUACCUGGCGAGCCGGGCAUGUUGUUAGGACGCAUCAACCACACCGAUCCACUCAGGAGAUUUGACGGCUACGCCGACGAGGAUUCCACCAAUAAGAAAAUAGCGCACAAUGUCUUCAAGGUGGGGGACUCUGCGUAUGUCUCAGGUGACAUGCUGGUGAUGGACGAAUACGGCUACAUCUAUUUCAGGGACCGCAGCGGCGACACAUUCCGCUGGCGAGGGGAGAACGUCUCCACCACGGAGGUGGAGGGCGUCCUGAGCCGCCUGCUGGGACACGCAGUCGUAGCCGUCUACGGCGCUUCCGUGCCAGGUGUGGAGGGGAAGGCCGGUAUGGCAGCCAUAGCUCACGCCGGAGGCCAGUUCGACCUCGACGCGCUCUGGAUCGCCGUACAGAAAGCGCUGCCGUCCUACGCGCGCCCCGUCUUCCUGCGACUCCUGCCAUCUCUGGACACUACAGGUACCUUUAAAAUCCAGAAGACACGGCUGCAGAGGGAAGGAUUCAAGCCGCGAGACUCGAGUGAAAAGAUUUACUUUCUGAACAGUCGUGCCGGCCGCUACGAGCCCGUCACUGAUGAACUCUAUAAAGCCAUCAUGGAGGGGAGAGUGUGUCUGUGAGAGACGAGGACGCUGAGAAGAAACACGCCUCUAAACGCUGAUGUGCAAAUAUGAUUGUGGCACUUUUUAACCAGAUUUAAUCAAAUGUAGCGAGUUUUACAUGAAAACAACAUAACAAAAACGAAUAAAGUUCAAACAUGGCUUUUAAUUGAAUGUAAAACCGGUGUUAUUAGCAUCUGUUGAUUAGAUAUAAUACAAUAUCCACGAAUACUGACGAUCACACAACAUAUGACUAUUUCCAUCACACUUUGCUGUUUAGCAGUUAUAAUGUUCACUGUCUCAGCUUAGUGUGUGAUGUUAUGUUUGCUGAUAUUACUAAUCACUAAGUACAGCUGAGGCUGAAUAACAUUACGUUAAUUUGCUUUGCAGGCAUUGAGACACAAACAAGAGAACUGUACAAACAGGUUUGAUCCCACAAUCCUGCGGGAUUCAAGAUAUGACUAAUUUAAUUGUUGAAAGCAACAUUAAAGUCUGCACCAAAAA